AGCCGGCCCACUUAACCGUUAAAAUGCAAAAGCCCAUUACGGACCAGGCCCAAGUACGCAAAUUAUACCCGGCGAUUUCCACAUCAUCCCCCACCUUCGAAAUUCAAAUUCAUUUUCUCGAAUCGAAGCGUUUCCUGCACAAAAUCACUGCGCUCGAAGCUAGUCUGCGGCACAACAUCACUUCGCUCGGAGGAAGAUGAGCAUGCAGAAGAAAAAAGCUUCUUCUUCGUUGAGUAAAAAAGCCAUCACGGAAAUCCCUUUACUACGUGAAGAACAAAGCAUUUUUACUAAAGUAAAUCUGAGGAAAAGGAAAGGGACUGAGAAGGAACCAAUGUUUGGGAGAAAAAUGCAACUGAGAAAGAGAAAGAAAGGGAUACCGGGAGAAAAUGCUGAGCAGGAAAAGAAUCAAGCUCAAGAAGAUCUAAUUUCACAAGAAGAUGAAAUGCCGAGCAUUGAAAAGAUUGACCAAUUAAACGGUGACAAGUUUUUGGUAGCAGAAGUUGAGCUCGAAGGAAACACUGAGCAAAGGACUUCGAGAGAUGAGCUAAACACUGACAAAGAAUUUGGUGAAGAUGAAGUAAACACUGAACAAGAGUGUAGUGAAGAGGAAGAAUCUGCUAGGAAGAAGAAAAGUGCAACAGUGGAAGGAAAAGGUUACUGGCUGGUGGAAAAUUUUGAUACCAGAAGUGUUUCGCUGAAGUUGCCAAGUAAGAAAGAGAUUCACAUUGAUGAGACUUCUAUUCAUAGCACCAUCGGAUUCCCAAUGGGAGGAGAAAGUGUGAUGAAACAGAAUAGAGAGAAAUCUGAAGAAGCAAGAGAAGUGAUGAGAGCUUGGAAGUUACAAUUUCCAGUUCAGAAAGGGACAGUUAGAAUAGCAGAUGUUUUCUAUGUUGACAAUGUCAUUUUCAAAAGCAGAAGAGUUCAAAGGCAGUUCCCCUCUUUCGUUGGGUGGAAUGCAAGACUACUGUGGGAACGAGAAAGGGCUGAAAAAAAGAGCGGAGGAUUUGGUUACGGGUACAUCGAUGUGCCCAAUGUUGAAAAGAUUGAACUGACAAGUCCAAAUCUCAACAAAGAAAGUCAGACAAACCAAAGUGAUGGUGGAAAUCAAGAUGAAUUACAUGUUCAGAAAGAAAAAAUGGAUGUUAUAAAAGCAUUUGCUUCAGCCACAAAGAAUUUGGCAGAAGCAAUAUCGACAUUUGAUGAGAAGCUUCGAGCAGCUGUUCAAGUGUUGCCAGAUGAUGAAGCAAUGAAAAUGCUGAACAUGCAACAGAACCUACACACAGAGAAUGGAGAGUUGAAUGCAGAUGUUAGAGGUGGGGGAGAUGUGGCAGAUGUGGCCAAUGUGAAAAAAGUUCCAAGUGAAAACCGGAUUCUUGACAUGGCAGUGGAGAAAAACAAUAGAGAAGUUGAGCAGAAUAAAAAAGGCAAUCAAGACGAAUGUCCAGAAAGAAUUGCAGAACGACAAAAGGGUAGAAAGAGAGAUGUUGCACUUUCAGCUGCACUAAGGUCGCCAUUCAUGAAUAGAAUUGUAGACAUAAGGUCUACCUUGACAAUUGAAGAGAGAAUGGUGGAAGCGUUCACAUUUUCAGCAGACAGUGAUGAUAAUGUGCUAUACAAGGAAGGUGAUAGAGCAAUCAAGAAAGGGCACUUCCAAAGCUUGAAACUGAACUCAGCAGUUUCUUUUGAAAUCAUAGAUUUGUGGACUGAUAUUCUUAACCACAAAGAGAAGUUCAAAAGCAAUGACUCAUCAGCCAGAGUGUUCUUCCCAACGAAAAUUUGUGAUGUGUUGGAUUACAAUGUUGGAAGUUCAGCAACAACACGAAACAAAAACUUUGUGGAGAGUAUGGAGAAAAUAAGUCCAAUGUCAAUAAACAGGAGAAGUGCCUUUGUAAAGUGGCUUAAGGAAAAAAAAGAUCCAAGAGCAAUGGAAGUACAGAAGCUGAAACCAGAGCGCUUAGAUGUGGGAUUGAAUGUAAUCAAAAGUCGUACAGACUCAGGAGUGUUUGUUAUGAGAUUCAUGGAGACAUAUAAAGGGGAAGCAGAAUGGGAUUGUGGGCUUGAAUCCAUAAAUGAAAAGCUGAUGCAAAAGUUGAGGACAAGAUACUUGAAUGAGAUGCUGACAUUUGAAAAGAAUGAGACGAAGGAGGAAGUGGUGAAGAAAAUCAAAUCUGGACUAAUUGCUCAAAGGGAAAUCAAGAAAGCAGCUAAGGGGAAAUAGGAGGAAAAAGACUAAUGCUGAAACCUGAUGCUGAAGCAUAUGAUGAAGACAACUUUUUUGUGUGUGGUUAUAUUAGUAUUAUGGAUAACUGAAUUUUAAUUUUGAUGAUAACUUAUGUGGUUAUAUUAGUGUUAUGGUUAUAUUGCUGUUAUUAAAACUGAUGUGGUUAG